AUGGAAAAUGUAUCCAUUUCCGACAUUGAUAGCAAGCUAUCUAAGAAUUUUAUUCGAUCUCCCAUUAAAGAAAUAACUGAUGUUAUUGGUACAUUGACAAAGGCUCUAGACAAAGCGUUAUGUUCUCGAAAUGACAUUAAAAGUGAUCACAACUUACGAAGAUACAAUGAAAUAUUUGAAGAAGAUGUAGACUUACCCAAAGAGACAAAAGAAAAAUGGCCUCCUGAAGCCUGCUCUUGCAAAGACGAAACCUGUUCAAACUGUACCAGUUACUGUAAACGGAUUUGCUGGCAUAGAAAUAGUUUAACUCACUGGAACUGUGACUCCGUAAAUGAUACGUCAGUGACAUCUUUAAAUGUACUUUGUGAUGGCAAAUAUGACUGCUACGACGAAUCUGAUGAAAAGGAAUGCUUCUCAGAUAACGUACACGGUAAAUUUGAGGCUCAUAAAAUAUUCACUGAAUUAACGGACUCAUUAAAAUUAAAGGCUGCUAAAGAUUACAAAAGAGAAAAAAAUAAAGUAUGGACUCUUGUAAACACACUAUCCAGUCUUGAAAAGCUGAGCUUGAAUUCAAACCCGAAUCCAACAACACUAAAAGAACAUAGAGACAAAUGUUUCGAACUGAUAGAAGCAAUAUAUUCAGAUGUUAUUAAGCACACGUCAUACGCAUACGAGGCAGAAGACGUGUAUAUUUUCCUUUUAUCUGUGAACCAGCAACUAGGAGCGAUACUCAAACGCAUCGGUACUGGUAAUAAGAAGAUUAUAUCCGAUAGUUGCUUCUGCAGAAAGGGCAAAUGCGCGGCAACUUUUUGCACGAGGCGAUGCCAGAAAGCCUGUGUCAUUGAACCGAAGCUUACGCGAUACCUUUGUGAGAAUGACAAUAAAUCUAUAGACAUUGAGAAUAUUUGUGAUGGUAAAUCUGACUGUCCCCAACAGGACGACGAGACACGGUGUAGUAAAGAUAUUUGUCGAAGCCACCAUAUAACAAUGUUACAACACAAAGUUCAAGAUGUAGGUAUAAAACAAAAGGGAACAGCAAUGGGUGAGCUGCUGACUACGUGGAAAACAAAGGUUCUUGCAACACUGAAAGUUGCUGAAAAAUCUGGGAGGCCCGCGCGAAGAAUAUUGAAAGACUUGGUUAAAGAGAUGCUACAAGAUUUAGUGUUAACAUACGGUUCCGUUGAGGAGUACAGACGCAAAAACAACAACUACGCUGUCCAAGAAUUCACUGAUAUCGCGGAAACUAUCGUAGAUACCCUGCGGUCGUGUGAUAAAUAAAUUCUCUCAU